CCCUGGACUCCCCAAUUACUCGCUAACUCCCGACAGCUGCAGCGGGGAAAGCUGCUCCGGGCUAGGACCUUUUUCUGGACGGACGACUGCUGCCUAACAGGAUGUGUGACAGAAAUAGUGGAAGGCGGCUCCGGCAGUGGCUGAUUGAACAAAUAGACAGUAAUAUGUAUCCUGGUCUUAUCUGGGAAAAUGAGGAGAAAAGCAUGUUUCGAAUCCCUUGGAAACAUGCCGGCAAGCAGGAUUAUAAUCAGGAGGUGGAUGCUUCAAUUUUCAAGGCCUGGGCAGUUUUUAAAGGAAAGUUUAAAGAAGGGGACAAAGCUGAACCAGCCACUUGGAAGACUAGGUUACGCUGUGCAUUGAACAAGAGUCCAGAUUUUGAGGAGGUGACAGACCGAUCCCAACUGGACAUUUCUGAGCCAUACAAAGUUUAUCGCAUCGUUCCCGAAGAAGAGCAAAAAUGCAAAAUAGGGAUGGCAAACAGCAGCACUGUGAAUGAAGUCACUGACAUGAAUUGUGGUCGAUCCGAAAUAGAAGAUCUGAUGAAAGAGCCCUCGGUAGAUGAAUACCUUGGCAUAAUCAAAAGGAGUCCUUCGCCCCAGGAGGCCUGUAGAAGCCAACCAAUUCCAGACUGGUGGAUACAGCAAUCCAGCACAGCCAUACCCUUGAUGACUGGGUACCCUGCCUAUGAAUCUCACCAUUCAGCUUACUCCCAGAUGAUGAUCAGCUUUUAUUAUGGAGGAAAACUAGUGGGCCACACCACCACCACUUACCCCGAGGGCUGUCGGAUCUCGCUGAGUCUGCCACCUCAGCACCUUGAGAAGAUGUAUGGCUCCGAAAGCUUGGAGCACAUUCGCUUCCCACCCGCAGAUAUCAUUCAAAAUGACCGUCAGAAGCAAGUCACCAAGAAACUGUUUGGCCACCUGGAGCGUGGAGUCCUGUUACACAGCAACAAAACAGGCAUCUUCAUCAAGAGGCUGUGCCAGGGAAGAGUCUUCUGCAGUGGAAACUCCAUGAUGUUUAAGGACAGGCCCAACAAAUUGGAGCGAGAUGAAGUGGUCAAGAUUUUUGACACAAACCAGUUUUUCAGGGAACUGCAGCAGUUUUACAACAACCAAAAUCAGCUUCCUGACAGCAGAGUGAUGCUAUGUUUUGGUGAAGAGUUCCCUGACAUGACUCCAUUGCGCUCCAAACUCAUCCUUGUCCAGGUAGAGCAGCUCUAUGUACGGCAACUGAGGGAUGAGGCUGGAAAAAACUGCAGCAAUGGCCUCAUGUUCCAGUCUCCAGAGGAUGUAGCUCAGCCCGAUCAGGUCUUCAGAUUCCAGGAUAUCUGUGGACCUCAUCAAAGGCCCUUUUAUAGAGAAAACCAGCAAAUCACUGUCUAGAGACCCCUUGUGCCUCUUUCUCGUCCCACUGGGCUCCACUCUUCACUUCAUUUGCCGUCAUUGUACUAUCAAUAACAUCCCUGUUUCAGGGAUUUUUGGAGGGGGGGGGGUUCCUGUAGGGAAUUCAUUUGGGGAGAACUAUUCUGAUCAGGUCCUUUAAAAACUAAGGGUCUUUAAAAGAUGAAGUUUCAAAGAGAAAUGAGCUCAUUUCCCUAACCAAUCCUUGAUGGGUUUUGGUGACUAGAACAAGACUGUCCAGAUUUGUAGAUAUUGUAAAGACAAGCUAUUAUUUUCUUCAUGUUAUUUGAUUGUCAUUUGCACUGAAUUUUUUUCCUUCUGAAUUUUGAAAUUGUUGACAUUUCCAGGGCCUAGGAAUUGCUGUACAAAUAUUUAGUGUUGGUAGAAUAAAUAGUUCAGUUGAUAGAGCAGUACACUUGGUCAGGAAAACCUGAAUUAAAACCCUGGCUCAGAUAGCUAUAUUUUCACUUUAUUUGUUGUUGUUUUUUAACCUUUCUUGUGGUUUUUCCCUUUUGUUCUGAUUCUUCUUUUACAAAAUGCCUAAUAUGGACUUACGGAAUUAGUAUGGAAUUAUAACAUGAUUGUAAAUAUAUACAACCUAUAUCUGAUUGCUUGCUGUCUUGGGGAGGGGGGAGAGAAGGGAAGGAGAGAGAAAGAUUUGGAACUCAAAAUCUUACA